AUAAUUUUUCCACUAAAAAGAGUGGAACAAAAAAGACAAGUUAAAAAAAAAUAGCGCUGUUACGUCACCCAACAGUGAAGCAGUAGUUGGAAUUCAGCUACUGUCGUGGUCACCUCAUGGCCAACGGAGCCAACAUCUCCGACGCCGAAACACCAUUUCUUGGCGGCGAAGUGGUUGAAGGCUUCAUCGACUACAAGGGUCGUCAGGUGACCCGAUCCAAAUCCGGUGGAUGGAAUUCCGCAUACUUCAUCAUUGGUGUGGAAGUGGCGGAGAGAUUUGCAUAUUACGGGAUAAGUUCGAAUUUGAUAAACUACUUGACGGGCCCAAUUGGCCAGUCAACGGCGACGGCGGCGGCCAAUGUGAACGCCUGGUCUGGAACGGCGUUCCUUUUGCCGCUACUGGGUGCGUUUAUCGCAGAUUCCUUCUUGGGUCGGUACCGUACAAUUAUCAUCGCCUCUGUGCUCUAUGUCCUGGGACUUUGCUUCUUGACUGUUUUAGCUGUUUUUCCUUUCAACUCUUCUGAUUGCCAAAAUCCGGAUACUAUCAAGGCAUGUUCACCCCCUGAGUUCCAAGCUGUAUUGUUCUUCUUUGCUCUGUAUCUGGUAGCAUUUGCACAGGGAGGUCACAAGCCUUGUGUACAAGCUUUUGGAGCAGACCAGUUUGAUACACAAGACCCAGAAGAAUGUAAAGCCAAAAGUUCGUUUUUUAAUUGGUGGAACUUUGGAUUAUCUGCAGGUGCCCUGGUGGCAAUAUUAAUUUUGAGUUACAUCCAAGACAAUCUUAGCUGGGCUCUUGGAUUUGGAAUUCCCUGUAUUGUAAUGGUUCUUGCACUUACUGUUUUCUUAUUUGGUACAUUCACUUACCGUAUCCGUCAAAAUUGUGAUGAAAAGAAGGCAUUUGUCAGAAUAGGUGGGGUGUUUAUAAAUGCAGCUAGGAACUGGCGAAGAACUACAUCAGCAGUGUCCAUGCAACUACAAGUGCAUGGUAUUAUACCACAUGAAGGUUCUCAACAACUAAAGUUCCUUCACAAAGCAUUGCUUACACCGGAGGGUUCCAAGGACAACAAUAGUGUUUGUAGCUUCAAUGAGGUUGAAGAGGCUAAAUCAGUUGUUAGAUUGAUCCCAAUUUGGAGUACAUGUUUGGUGUAUGCCAUUGUGUCUUCACAGACAUCUACUUUGUUCACCAAACAAGGUGUUACGAUGGACAGAUCUAUUGGUUCAAACUUUAAAAUCCCAGCUGCUUCUUUGCAGUGUUUUCUUGGCAUCUCUACAGUUUUCCUCAUUCCUAUAUAUGACUGUAUUUUGAUUCCGCUAGCAAGAUCUAUAACUAGGAAACCUUCGGGCAUCACAAUGCUUCAAAGGAUUGGAACAGGAAUUUUCGUAUCUAUACUUGCCAUAGUAACUGCAGCAAUUGUUGAAAAGAUUCGUCUACAAACUGCUCUGGAGUAUGGGCUGCUUGAUAAUCCAAAAGCAACUAUUCCCAUGAGCAUCUGGUGGUUAAUACCUCAGUAUCUACUCUAUGGAAUAUCUGAGAUAUUCACCUUGGUUGGUCUGCAGGAGUUCUUCUAUGAUCAGGUGCCGGUAGAGCUGAGAAGUGUUGGUCUUGCUCUGUAUCUCAGCUUAGCUGGUGUAGGAAACUUCUUGAGCAGUUUUCUCAUCUCUUUUAUUGCGAAAGCCACUGCCAAAAACGGUCAGGAUAGUUGGUUUUCAGACAACUUGAACCGAGCACAUCUUGAUUACUUUUAUUGGCUUCUUUCUGGACUUAGUGUUUUGUCUUUCACUUUAUACUUGUACUUUGCUAGGUCUUAUAUCUACAAAAAUGGAAGUGCUAUAUGAAAGAUGUACUGUGGGAUAACUUUGUUCAUGGAGAAUUUAAAGUGAAAAUGUUGUACUGA